AUGGCACCUAACCUGACAGUGUCCAGCAGUCCUCCACUGGCGGUACUAUGGAUUGUGGACCAUCUUAAAGGAAAAGUAGAGAUCCAUGUGGAGGAUGGGAAGGAGACUGUCCUGCAAGAGUCAGGAGUAACUUUCAAUGAUGUGAACUCCAUUGUCCGGUACCUGGCUCGACUUGCUCCAGAAGCUGGAUUAUACGGCUCAAAUCUGAUGGAGCAGACAGAGGUCAACCACUGGAUGGAGUUCAGCCAGACCCGGCUUCAGGACAAAUCCAGCUUCCCUGCUGCCCUGCAAGAACUAAACCACUGCCUCUCCCUCCGGACCUACUUAGUAGGGCACUCCCUGACACUUGCUGACAUCAGCGUCUAUUCCACCUUGGCAGUCAGCAGCUUAUGGCAAGCAGAGUUGAAACAGAACAAAGCUGCUGUCAAUGUCCGACGCUGGUAUAUGUUUCUGGAGCCCAGUGUUCCUUUCCGAGGGAGCUUAGUGUCAGCGUGCCUGCGCCUGCUGAAAAGAAGCAAGAUGUUGGAAAGUUUAUUGAGCUUCCAGGUGCAGAGGUGGGGAAGGUGGUGGUGAGAUUCCCCCCUGAGGCCAGUGGGUAUCUGCACAUUGGACAUGCGAAAGCUGCUCUUCUCAACCAACACUACCAAGUGAACUUCAAGGGGAAACUCAUUAUGCGAUUUGAUGACACCAACCCAGAGAAAGAGAAGGAAGACUUUGAAAAGGUUAUCCUGGAGGAUGUUUCCAUGCUGCAUAUCAAGCCUGACCAGUUCACAUACACCUCUGACCACUUUGAGAAGAUCAUCCAAUAUGCAGAGAAGCUUAUAAAUGAGGGGAAGGCUUAUGUGGACAACACUCCCGCUGAACAGAUGAAGGCAGAGCGUGAACAGAGGACGGAGUCCAAGCACAGAAGUAACUCGGUAGAGAAGAACUGUCAGAUGUGGGAGGAAAUGAAGAAGGGUACAGUGUACGGGCAGACUUGCUGUCUUCGGGCCAAGAUUGACAUGAAUUCCAACAAUGGCUGCAUGCGAGACCCCACCCUGUUCCGCUGCAAGACCCAGCCACAUCCACGGACAGGGAACAAGUACAACAUCUAUCCAACUUACGACUUUGCCUGCCCCAUAGUGGACAGUGUAGAGGGAGUGACACAUGCCCUUCGUACAACUGAAUAUCAUGAUCGGGAUGAACAGUUCUACUGGAUUAUCAAUGCUUUGGGGAUCCGAAAGCCCUACAUCUGGGAGUAUAGUCGUCUGAACCUUAACAACACCGUGCUGUCCAAGAGAAGACUCACUUGGUUUGUCAAUGAAGGCCUUGUGGAUGGCUGGGAUGAUCCCAGAUUCCCAACUGUACGAGGUGUCCUACGAAGGGGGAUGACUGUGGAUGGGUUGAAGCAGUUCAUUGCUGCCCAGGGAUCGUCUAGGUCCGUUGUGAACAUGGAAUGGGACAAAAUCUGGGCUUUCAAUAAGAAGGUGAUAGAUCCUGUAGCUCCACGGUACACUGCCCUGCUGAAGAGCCAGGUUGUCCCAGUCAACGUCCUGGAGGCAGAAGAAGGUGUGACAGAAGUAGCCAAGCAUCCCAAGAAUACUGAGGUUGGUAUGAAGCCAGUGUGGUAUGGUCCGAGAGUUCUCAUUGAGGGAGCAGAUGCUGAAACUCUGUCUGAGGGCGAGACGGUCACUUUUAUUAAUUGGGGAAAUCUCAACAUCACCAAAAUACACAGAGAUUCCAGUGGGAAAAUAAAGUCUCUGGAUGCCAAGCUGAAUCUGGAUAACAAGGACUACAAGAAAACCACAAAGAUCACUUGGUUGGCAGACACUGAUAAAGCUCCCUUUAUUCCCACCACAUGCGUCAACUACGACCAUCUGAUCACCAAGCCAGUACUGGGCAAAGAUGAAGACUUUAAGCAGUAUGUCAACAGAAGCAGCAAGCAAGAAGAGGUGAUGCUGGGAGACCCUUGCCUAAAUAAUCUGAAGAAGGGUGACAUUAUUCAGCUGCAGCGGAGAGGGUUUUACAUUUGUGAUGAACCUUAUGAGUCAAUCAGUCCACACAGCUGCAAGGAGGCCCCAUGUGUCCUAAUUUACAUCCCAGAUGGUCACACCAAGGAGAUGCCAACGUCUGGGUCCAAGGAGAAGGCAAAGGUGGCCAGUGUCAAAAAGGAGACCAAACCCAAAGGAAAGUGUGCAGAAGAGGCAGUGAAGAAUGCUCCAGUCCAAGUACCACAGCCAGCAGCGGUUGCAGGUAGUCCUUUAGAACUGUACAACAAGGUCACAGCUCAGGGAGAUCUUGUCCGGGACCUCAAGACCAAGAAAGCAGAGAAGACCGAGAUCGAUGCCACAGUAAAAGUUCUUUUAGCCUUGAAAGCCGAAUACAAACAGACAACGGGACAAGACUAUAAACCAGGAAAUGCCCCUGUACCCACCAUCACCCCCCACCACCACCACCCCCAGCCCAACAGCUGCUAACAACAGUGAUCCUAAAACAUUGUAUGAUAAGGUGACUGAACAAGGGGACUUAGUCCGGAAACUGAAGACUGAAAAAGCACCGAAGCCUCAGGUUGACGCAGCUGUGAAAACCCUCUUAUUGCUGAAAUCCGAGUAUAAACAAUUAACGGGGCAGGAGUAUAAAGCAGCCAGCCCUCCCGUAGCUGUGGGCAGGAAUCCUGCACCCUGUCUUUCUGCUCCUCAAUCUCCUGAUAUCACGGUGAUAUACAACAAGGUAGCAGAACAAGGAGAGGUGGUCCGACAGCUGAAAAGCAAGAAGGCUCCUAAGGAUGAGAUUGAUGCUGCAGUGAAAUCCCUCCUAACCCUAAAAGCAGAAUACAAGCUGCAAACUGGGCAGGAGUAUAAGCCUGGGUGCCCUCCUCCCUUUUCUCAGACUCCUUGCAAAACCUCUCCUCCUGCACAGAGCUCUGGUCCAGCAGAUGUUGCCUCCACAGACCAUGCUAGUCUUUAUAAGAGAGUUGUUGAGCAAGGAGAGGCUGUCCGCAAGCUGAAAUCUGAAAAGGCUCCAAAGGACAAGGUAGUAGACGAGGCUGUAAAAGCUCUACUUGCUUUGAAAGCAGAAUACAAAGAAAAGAUGGGUCAGGAGUACAAACCAGGGCAGCCACCUACAAACACAACAGUAGAGAACUCUGUCAGUGUGCAAGAAAAUUCCUCCAGCUGUUCAGAACCUGAUGACCUCUAUAACAAGGUGUCCAAACAAGGUGAUGAGGUCCGAAAACUGAAGUGUGAGAAAGCUCCGAAGGAAACACUGGAUGCCGCAGUAAAGCAGCUUCUGGACCUAAAGUCUCAGUAUAAGGCCCUCACAGGUUUGGAGUACAAGCCGGUGUGUGCCGCAGACUCAAGGGACAAGAAGCCCAAAGAAGACAAGAAGCAGAAGGAGAAAGAUAACAAGUCUGAAAAACAGAGCAAGCAGACCAAACAGGGUGAAGGGCAGAAGAAGGAGCCAGCUAAGGACUCUGGCAAUGGUUCUUCAGGAGGAACUGGAGAUGGGCAGGGCCCAAAGAAACAGACCAGGCUGGGACUGGAGGCCAAGAAAGAGGAAAACCUGGCAGACUGGUUUUUCUCAGGUGAUCACAAAAUCAGAAAUGAUUGAAUAUUAUGAUGUCAGUGGGUGUUACGUAUUGCGCCCAUGGUCUUUUGCCAUCUGGGACUCCAUUAAAAAUUUCUUUGAUUCUGAAAUAAAGAAGCUGGGAGUGGAAAACUGCUACUUCCCUAUGUUUGUGUCUCAGGCUGCCUUGGAGAAAGAGAAAACCCAUAUUGCUGACUUUGCCCCAGAGGUGGCUUGGGUUACCAGAUCAGGAAAGACGGAACUGGCUGAGCCAAUUGCUGUUCGACCCACAAGUGAAACUGUUAUGUAUCCCGCAUAUGCAAAAUGGGUUCAGUCUCACCGAGACCUCCCCAUCAAACUUAACCAGUGGUGCAACGUUGUGAGAUGGGAGUUUAAGCACCCCCAGCCGUUCCUGCGCACCCGUGAGUUCCUGUGGCAGGAGGGACAUACUGCCUUUGCUACAUAUGAGGAAGCAGCAGAGGAGGUCCUGCAGAUUCUGGAUCUCUACGCCCGUGUUUAUGAGGACCUCUUGGCUAUUCCUGUAGUGAAAGGAAGAAAGACAGAGAAGGAAAAGUUUGCAGGAGGCGAUUAUACAACUACUGUUGAGGCAUAUAUAUCAGCCAGUGGCAGAGCCAUACAGGGAGCAACAUCACAUCACCUUGGACAGAAUUUCUCCAAAAUGUUUGAGAUUGUGUUUGAAGAUCCAAAAACCCCUGGUGAAAAGCAGUAUGCCUUCCAGAACUCAUGGGGUCUUACCACCCGAACGAUAGGAGUCAUGACCAUGGUCCAUGGAGACAAUAUGGGCCUUGUGCUGCCACCACGAGUGGCCUGUGUGCAGAUUAUUGUAAUUCCAUGCGGAAUCACGAACACAUUACCUGAAGCAGAAAAAGAAGCCCUUCUGCAGAAAUGCAAUCAGUAUUUAAAACGCCUUCUGAAUGUGAACAUCAGAGCACGAACAGAUUUGCGUGACAACUACUCACCUGGGUGGAAGUUCAACCACUGGGAGCUUAAGGGUGUACCUAUCAGGCUUGAAGUCGGCCCUAGAGAUAUGAAAAGUAACCAGUUUGUAGCAGUCCGACGAGACACAGGAGAGAAACUGACCAUCACAGAGGACCAAGCAGAGACUAAGUUAAAAGAUAUUCUGGAAGAGAUUCACACUAACCUCUACAACAGGUAA